AUGUCACCUCCGACAUCGAGACCGUCCCUAUCCAACGCAACCUCGUAUGCAGAGAGACCCGUCGAGACUGCCAGGUUUAACGCUUGUCAUGAUAUAGUCCGGGACUAUGGGGAAUUCCAGGAGAAAUCAACAUCCGCGACACCCAAUCAUACUGUUUCCUACCAGUCAUCUCUGCCCACUGAAGAGGAAAUUCCUACCUUCAUGUUUGGACGACCGUUUGUGGACCAGACUACCUCGAUGCCUCCGCACCCUAGGGUUGCGGCAAACAGAUAUCAGACUCCGGUGCUCUGGGCUUGUGGGGGACAUGCUGCAGAUCGCUCUGAAGAAGAGUCUGAAACGGAAUACGAUCCGGCAACGAAAGCGCAUUUCAGACAGCACCUGGGCAUCAUUGAUUGCAGCAAAGCUCUCCAUUCUCAUUCUCAGCAAGGAAAAUGGCUACAAGGUAAAAGCAGUGCUUUGCAGGACUAUGAGACGCAAUUGCGCUUGCUGGAACAGCAGAAUAGAGAACAUGUGAUGAAGGCCAGGGGCCUGCAACACAAGGAUGCCGAAACAUGGAAGUGA